ACGAGUUUUUAUUUUUAGUCAAACGCGAUUUCGGUACCUUUUAGAGUUUAAGAAAGAAAAAGAAUCUAGUUCAAUCUUGCUGAAAGCGAUAGUGAACUCGUGAGUGGGGCCAGUUAGGAGCCUGUGGGCUGCGUGUCUCUGGGCUGUGGUGACCAGGACGGGUCAGAAGCGCUGUUGAAGGUGGCGGACCAGCUACAGAGGGCUAAUGGCCGAGCUGUCCCUAGUCUUGAGCUGCCCUCUCGGUUGGUCCUGAGUGCCCCGCAGUUGCUGUCGACAGGCACCCGCGUUUCUUCCCCUGGGCCGGUCGGAAGAUGGACCCGACCCCUGUGCCCGGUUCGCUCGUGGUUCUGGACUGGCAUCGCUGCGCCGACAGCAAGGAGCACUUCAGCAGGAUCCAGCGCAGAAAUGUCAGGAAACGGUUCGGGCUCCUGGAAGCCCCUGUGCUGCGCCCCCUGCUGGCUGCCGACACCGUGAGCUACAAGAUCUUCCUUUCGGGCAAGAGCGGAGUGGGCAAGACCGCCCUGGCGGCCAGGCUGGCCGGCCUGCCUGUACCCAGCAUGCACCACGAGACCACAGGGGUGCAGACGACAGUGGUGUUCUGGCCGGUUAAGCUGAGAGAGAACGGCAGGGUCCUGUUCUUCCGAUUGCAGCUGUGGGACUGUGGGGAGAACACCCUGCGCAGGUUCGACCACCUGCUCCCGGCCUGUACGGAGCAGGCGGACGCUGUCCUCCUCCUCUUCUCCUUCACGGACCGCACCUCCUUCGAUGACCUGUCCAGCCACCUCACGCGGAGCUCCAGUCCCUCGGCCAGCACGGUCAGGCUGGUGGUGGGCACCAAGUUCGACCUCUUCAUGCACACGGACGUGACGGAGCGGGAGCUGAGGGAGUUCCAGCAGGCGUGGGGCGUGCCCGUGUUCCGCGUCCCGGGUGGCGCGGGGGCGCCCGGGGUGGCGGGGCUGGCCGAGGUGGCGCCCCUGCUCGACGCCCUGGCAGAGCACCUGUGGCACAGAGACGUCCUGGCGGCCCAGAGCCCCGAGCCCGGCAGCGGGCGGGAGUGAAGGACUGUGGGCAGACUGUGCUCACUGAGCGCCCGCGCUGGCGGGCCCGAGAUGGGCAGCGGCCCUGAUUUUGUGAUGGACGCUUGGGUAGGCAUUGGGGGUGAGCUGGGAUUAAGGGGUGCUGCAGAAAGAAGUCCUGAACCCCAGGACCUCGUGCAGCAGCACUGGCUGCCCUCUCCUCUGCACUGGGAGUGUGAAACGCUGCCCCCUUGUUGUACAGCUGCUCAAGGGUCUCUGCUAGACGCGGGUGAUGAGGUGUGUUUUUACAUAACGCUUUCACAAGGGGGUUUUGUAUUGGUUCGUCAUUCAGAUGGUUUUGGGGGGAAAAGGAAUUUUGUUUAAGCGUUGCUGAGGGUGGUCUUAUCUUUGUGCUUUUCUUAAUGACAAAGCUCCUCACCACGCAGACACUUUGUUUGACCCCCUGCUGUCAUGUUAAUUUCUGUCGUGUAGAAACAUCUGGAAAUGGAAUCGAUUCUCCUCAAUUGUCUCAAACAUUAAAGCAGCAGUAAAACA